UGUAGGUGAGUUAUAAAAAUAAAACGGGGAAGAAAGCACGUGGACGCGAGCAGCUGAAAUCAAUAAAUCAACUGAUUGAUGCUCUGAAUCGGGUCUGAUCGGGAUACGGAGCAGCGCGCGCUCUCUCUGUUUAAGGACCGCCUCGCGAGCGACGGGACACUGGCCAAUACGAUCCAAAAGUCACGGAAAUCUUUGUGUAGCGAGAGUUUCCACGCGUGAAAAUGAUCCAAGAGGGGGAAUAAUCCGAGAGCACGCGAGAGAAACAAAGAGAGGGAGAGAGAGAUCACUGAUGAUGAUGAUGAGGAGGAGGAGGAUGAUGGUGGUGGCCUAGAAACAUCAGGAAUUCCUCGUUCCGCUCGACUGGAUCCCAAGACGAUGGGGGAAUUUACGCAUUGCAAAGAAAAGGGACUCGCUUUUCUCCUCCGCGCACCCCGGCUUUACUUUUGACUUCGAGGAUGCGUUGAAGUGUCCCAGUCCGAGAGUCACUGGCUCACGUGAAAAGGAACAGCGGCUCUGCGCAUUAAUGCGUGUGUGCGCGAGCGCGUACGCGUGCUCUCCCGUGACCGAUGGCACUGGAAUCCGUGCGCAACGGCUAUGUGCGCACUUGUGUCACUCCCGUGGAGCAGGACUGCUGGCACUCGUGCUUGGCUCUCGUGUGGAGCCGUAGGAGCCUGUCCUCGGCCGUGUGCGUCGCCUCGCUGUCCGUGCUGCUCGCGCUGCUAGCUCAGUCCGCGGACUGGGACGCGGAGCGCGCACACGCGCACUCCAGCUCUCACUUGGUGACGCUCGUGGAGCUCGUGUGGCAGCUGCUCUCGCCCGUCUUCACGCUCGUGUGUGCCUUCUUCUGGGUGGGUGUGUAUCUGCUCCGCUGCGGGGUGCUCAUCCGCACGGCCGUGUUCCUGCUCACCGUGUGCCAUCUGGGCGAAGCAGCGGCGCAGUCGCUGUUGGAUGCGCAGCAGCUGUACUCGUUCACGGCCACCGCGCUGGUGCUGCUCGCCUGCCUGGCCAGCGGGGCGCUCAUGGUGGUGCGGCUGGGUCAGGGCAUCUCCGUGCUCCUCUUCAUCAGCGUCAUCAGGACCGUAUCGCUGCUGUCGCUGCAGAAGGUGCGCGCCAGCUGGAGACCCUACCUGGCGUACCUGCUCGGGGUGCUGGGGGUCCUGUUGGCGAGGUAUGCGGACAGGCUGCUGCCGGAGCAGGGCGCAUCACACCGGGAGGGAUCGAGGGGAGAUAUUCCGGUAUUUAAGAGGCGCAGGAGGUCCAGCUCCGUAGUCUCGUCAGACAUGGCACAGCACGGCCAGCCCAGGAGCAAGUCUCACAGGCGGACAUCGCUGCCCUGUUUGCAGAGAGACCAGAUGCUCCCACAGCAAGAAUGGGACCACAAAAGAGGCGCCCGAGGAUCUCAGCCAUCCGGCCUAAUGCAAUCUUCGGGCACCAGUGUGACGGUGGACAUCGCGGUGAUGGGCGAGGCCCACGGACUGAUCUCAGAUCUGCUGGCUGACCCCUCCCUCCCACCGAACACCUGCAGCACCCUGCGGGCCGUCAGUAACCUGCUCAGCACCCAGUUCACCUUCCAGCCGCUGCACCACCGGCCGCGCCUGAGCCCCCUGCUGGCCUUCAGCGAUGGACACGCCUGCUCCGACUCAGAGGAGGUGCCGGAGAAAGGAGAGAGGCUGGCCAUCUCAAAGCGUUUGAGGCGGAGUUUGCAUCCGGGGCUUUUGAGACGGAUUUCUUCCCCGUGGACCACCACCACCUCAGCCACGGGCCUGCCCACCCUCGAACCCGGGCCGGUCAGAUGGGACCGCAGUGCCAGCAUCAAAGCACCUCAUGAUGGCCCUUCCAGCAGUUUGGUGAACAGUGAUUCAUGGAACAACUCGGUUAUGCUCGGCCUUUCCAAGAGCAGGUCCAUGUCUGCUUCAUACGCUGCCUCCUCCGCCACCAACCACAUCUAUAGCAAGAGCCGAAGAGGUUACCCUUCUUCCAACAUCUCACCUCUGGCUUCACCCUGCAACUCCCCUCCAGUCCAGGGCACUCCGCUCACUAGCCCCACCAACAAAAGCCCUUCAGUGGAGCUGCCGGACACAGAGCUUCCGCCGGGCGACGGCUCGCCACCACGGAGCCCCCACAAAGCCUUAACCCACAGUCAGAGCGCCCCCAUCUCCAGCACCUCACAAUGGGUGCCGCCUCCACUUUGUAGCAGCUGUGGAAGACCGUACGGUAAACUGAGACACGUGGAAGGAUCCAUAGAUGCUGGAGAUCGAACCCAACAGUCAGACGAGCCGCUGAUAAUGUCGUCAGACUAUGAGACCAACCACAGUGACCGCAGCGACUUUGCACUGAACGAGGAAGACGGAGAGGGUCGCAUGAAAGCCUGCGGGACGUUCCCGUCUCCGGCGCUCGCACUGGCUGCUCUCAUCCCACCAGAGGAUAAGCCCAUCUUGGCCCCGGAGCCGCUGGUGAUGGAGGGCCUGGAGCCCCUCAUGAGUCAGAUCAACAACUGGAACUUCCCCAUCUUCAGUCUGGUGGAGAGAACCAACGGCAGAUGUGGCUGCAUCCUCAGCCAGGUGUCUUACCGGUUGUUUGUGGACACGGGACUCUUUGAGACAUUCAAGAUUCCAGUGAGGGAGUUCAUGAACUAUUUCCACGCUCUGGAGAACGGAUACAGGGACAUCCCAUAUCACAACAGGAUUCAUGCCACAGACGUCCUCCAUGCGGUUUGGUACCUCACUACCCAGCCUGUGCCUGGUUUACCUACACUGGCAUCACUGAGUGACUCGGACUCUGACGGUGGACCCGCUCACAGCCACUCAAAGUACCUGAUGUCCACGACGUAUCCUGUAGAGGAGGAGGGUUACAGCUGUCUGUCCGGCCUCAUCCCCGCUCUGGAGCUGAUGGCGCUCUACGUAGCAGCCGCCAUGCAUGAUUACGACCAUCCCGGCAGGACCAACGCCUUCCUGGUGGCCACCAGCGCUCCUCAGGCUGUGCUUUAUAAUGACCGUUCGGUGCUGGAGAACCAUCACGCAGCGUCUGCCUGGAAUCUCUUCAUGUCGCGGCCUGAGUACAAUUUUUUGGCCAGUCUGGACAACAUGGACUUCAAACGCUUUCGCUUCCUGGUCAUCGAGGCCAUACUGGCCACCGACCUCAAGAAACACUUCGACUUUCUGGCUGAAUUCAACGCCAAAGUGGGAGAUGAUGGAUGCUCAAGCAUUGAUUGGACUAAUGAGAAUGAUCGUCUGCUGGUCUGUCAGAUGUGUAUUAAGUUAGCGGAUAUAAACGGUCCGUUGAAAAGCAAGGAGCUUCAUUUGCAGUGGACGGAAGGCAUCGUCAAUGAGUUUUAUGAACAGGGUGAUGAAGAGUCCAGUUUGGGCCUUCCCAUCAGCCCUUUCAUGGACCGCACAGCACCACAGUUGGCCAAACUGCAGGAGUCCUUCAUCACACACAUCGUCGGGCCUCUCUGCAGCUCUUAUGAUUCAGCCGCCCUCAUGCCCGGCCACUGGGUCGACCCUCUGCCCAAAGAGGGUGAAAAUGCUGAGGAAGAGACGGAUGAAGAGGAGGAGGAGGAAGACACACCGGAAGAAGACGCCUCCACCAGCUCAGAACUUUCCCAGAAACCAGCACCCAAGAAACGACGGAAAGUGUUCUGCCAGAUCCCCCAUCACCUGCUGGAGAACCAUGAGAUGUGGAAGAAGGUCAUUGCAGAAGAGUCCCAAAGCCAGACAGAAGGGGAGGAGUCCACAUGCCUCACUAACACCCCUGAGCCAAUCCUAGCCAUCGAUGAGGAGGAGGAGGAGCCGGGGAGCAAGGAGGAGCCUGCGGACGACCAGGAGGAGGAGAGUCCUGUACCUGACAAGACACAUGAAACAGAGGAAACAGAUGGCGAGACUGUAGAGGAAGCGGCCGAGACUGCGAAGCGAGACACGGUGACGGUAGAAGACGAUGCGGAGCUAAUGGGAAAACGAGAGGAAGACGAGAAAGAGGAUCCGGAAUGAAUGACUUGCCCUUUUUAGACAUUGUCUAAAAGCUUUUUAUCAGCAAGCGAGACUUCUAAGAAAUGGUUGCCAGCACAUCACUUAGACACAACACUGUAGAUGCUUGGGGAACAUGUGCCUAAAGGAAACAGGGUGGGGUGGGGUGGUUCGGGAUGAAGGGUUUGAGUAACAAUGAGCAGGUGGUGAACUAUUGAGGUUUGAUGCUAAAAUAGAGUUCUCCAGGGGGUUUCCUAUAUUUUCUAGACUUACAUUGGUCAGUUUUGCAAAUUCUUCUGGCGAAACCCUCUCCAGCUGCACCUUAACCCCCAAAACUAUGACAGGGGUCCCAAUGAUCUGCGGCGACACGUUUUGCAGGCUCAACAAGCAUUUCCAAGGAGCUUAGCGUCAAAGUCAGGAAUGAGAAACCAAUCCACCGUGACUCUCGCCGGUUCGCGUAUCCCAUCAUCGGCAGCGGACGAAAGCAAACGCUCCAGAAACUGCAUGCGUUUGUGAAAAUGCUACAAAAAGAUACACUAUGUGUUUGCGUGUCUGUCCUGCCAUUGCUCUUUGUUUUUCCUUUCCAGAGCAUCACUAUAGCAGACGCUUGCGCCACUGUCUCAUUUCUGAAGGCGUCGAGCCGAAUGCUUGUCAUUCUCUUCCCUCACCUUUUUCCCUCGGCAUUCCAUGAACUGAGAUUUUACGUUUCUCAGGAUCAGACUGUUUUCUGACAACUGUCAUUGGUUUUUACAGACUUUCUUGCAACUUUAUAAUCUUUUGGAUCUUGAUUUGUGGACAAAGGGUAUCUUUAGUUGUUUUUUUAAACUGUAACUUCUUCAAAACGCCAAUGGCCUUUUAGCCCAAUCGUUGUUUUACCAGGUGAUUUGAUAUAUAUACACAUGCAUACGGCGUGCAAUAUUACAUCACGUCAUCCCUAGUCAUCAGUGCACCGUCCAAAGCUACAGACGCUCUUAUUCUCCCCCCUUCUGUUCUUGCAUUUAAUUGAGUUUUGAGAGCCAAGUAAACUGCUCUAGCAAGUUUGGCUGAUCAAAGGUAUAAACUGGGAUGACGGGAAGGCCUCAGGCUCCUGCAGUCGAAUGUUUUCCCUCCGAACAAGGCUGUGGUUAUGCUUCACAGUCGUCUCACGCAGGCCGCCGCUGUGGUCAUGCAGGCAGGCUUGUGAGCGACUGCGAGCUCCUCAGCCCAAGGGAUGAAACGACGAACGCCGUCCCUCUCACAUGAGACCAUGUGCCGCACAUGAGAUACGCACACCGGUCGACACGCUCGCCUUUGAUGUGCCGAAAAAGGCAGAUUGCUCUCAACGGCGAGAUGAAACACUUCUGCAGGCUUCAUCGCCUCGGGUCCGAUGUCUAAUCGGACGCCUUCAGUCACUUUGAAGGAGAGCCAAUUAAAAACACCUAGGUAGGACACGGCGGUCAUGUGCUCAUCUUUGAAACGUCCCCUUCAAUCGCAAUGCAGUGUAAGCCUUAAUAUUAUCAGGCAAUGUGGUGCAAUGAAGUCCGGCGAAUUAUUUAAGCAAUACCGACCCAAUGUGUACAGUAGAUUGGUAGCAUUUCCAGUUGCACUUUCUUUUGGUUGCUGUGUAAAUCUCACACAGCUCAAGUGUGCGUGUGCCAAAUAUGACUUCAAAUCCAUUCUCCCCAAAGUAUGAAACACCAUCAGGAGCAUGUAAAGGCCGUGUGUGCUUGUGAGUACAUGUGGCGAUGCAGUAUGAGUGCUUUUUAUUUGUACAUGGGCCCAAUUUUAGAGGGUAUAUUAUAUUUCUGCAUUAGGCCGUAGAUUUGUAACCCCAGGCCAGAGAUAUUAACCCUUUGGUGCAUGAGUUAUUAAAUCACAAAUUAAAAUAUUCUUAAUGUUUUUAAUACCUUUUUUAAAUCAAAAAUAUAUUAAUUCCCAGUCUAAUAACGCAUUUUGAGAGUGUUACAGUCCACUGCAAUAAGAGAUAGUUGUUAUGUGGUGCAUCACUUUUGUUUGCCAUUUUGAAUUUAGGUUGCCAUAAAGCAGAAACGUUAAAAAGGAUUGUCACAAUGAAUUAUGGAUAAGGGUUAAAAGUCAACACCUUAAAAAUGACUGUCUAGUGUAGUGGACAUCUUGCAUCAAAUUAUACAGGUGUCUUCGCUGUGUAUUUCCCAAAAUAAAAUGAACUUAUCGUAAUACUAAAAUCCCCGUAAAUAAACCAUCAUACCCCAAGCCAGAGAUAUUAACCCUUUGGUGCAUGAAUUAUUAAAUCACAAAUAAAACUAUAAUGUUUUUAUUACUUUUUAAAAACAAAAAUAUAUGAAUUCCUAGUCUUUUUUUUUUUUUAAUAAUGCAUUUGAGAGUGUUACGUUUGUUAUGUGGUGCGUCGUUUUUGUUUGCCAUUUUGAAUUUAUGUUGCCAUAAUAAAACAUAAAAAAAGGAUUGUCACAAUGAAUUAUGGAUAAGGAUGUUAUCGCCUUAAAAAUUGCUUUUAAAGAUCUGUCCACUGUAGUGGACAUCAUGCAUCAAAGUGUUAAAUUAGUUGUUUUCGCUGUAUAUUUCCCAAAAUAAUAUCAUAACCUACAAUCAAAUCCUGAGGAAUAAAAUACAUUAUUUCCCAAUUUCACUAAGAAAUAUGUGACAUUAUGGAAGAAUCUAUUAUGCAAUAUAGCUCCGCCCCUUUCAUCUUACUUUUGUGAGCAGAGUUACUUUUCUCCGUUUGAGAAAUUUAUGUCAUUACCUUACUGCGAGUUUUUGACGAUCAAAGGUCAUUGAUAUUGAUGUCUCAAAGUGUUUUAAACCCAGAAUCAUCAAAGAUGCCCAGAUUUGCUUCCACCCAGACAGUAUUCAGAGAGACUCAACAAAAACUGUGGAAUUAGCCAGCGAAUCCUACACGUUUGAUGCGCUCGCUCGCUCGUGCGUGCACUGCAUGAUUGCGCGUGUUGGCAUGGCAGCAUGCGCCCCUGUCCUCCACCGUGCCUCCCUUCAAUGGGUUUUUAGCUCUGAUCUGCGUUCGGUGGCUCUUAUUCCAGAUUCUCGAGUCAGAAUGGGCAGCACAAAUCUUCAGAAACUGUUUGAAUGGGUUCAUAAUGGCAUUUUCACUAAAUUCAUGUUUUGUUUUUUUUACACGUAGCAGAUGCCCUUAGGAGUGAAAUAAAUUAGAGUCUGUACAGUUCGGCUAAAAAACCUGUGCAGGUAUUCCAGAAAUGCACGAUAACUUGCUAGUUUGUGUGUAAAGUAUAGUCUGAUAAGCUUGGUUCAUCAUUCCAGAUCUUUUUGAUUGUCAGUAUAGGCGGUUUGACUGGCAUGUCAGGUUCACCGGAUGUCGACACGAGACUUAAAGAGGUUACACGUCACAUAAGAGGCUGAUCCUUUUAUAUUUUUGCUUUGUAUUUCCUGUUCAACGCUCAUUCCUUCAUCUUCAGCUGUACGCAUCUCAUAACCAUGUCCACUCGUUUUGUUCACCUUGAGAACCAAACAAGCUUUACACCUCUCUGAGAAAGAGAAAUGAGACUUGUACUUUUUUUUUAUAUAGUCGGCACUUCACUGACAAAAUAUUUUUCUUCUCACUUGUAUCUUGCACUUAACACAUGUAGCAAUACCUAUAGAAAGGGAAACUGUGUAAAUCACCAGUAUUCGUAAAGUGAAAUAUUCAUUUUAUCGCUGAUUGUUGUUCCAUUUUGUACAAAAUGAUAUUGUGUACAGGUUAAAAAUGAAACGAAACAAAAACAAAGCCAAAAAAGGGACAAAAAGAUGAAGAUGACAACAGAAGUCUUUUAGAUAAACAUUAUUUAUUUUUACUGUUUUGUAAUUUAGACACUAUACUGUAGCUCCUCUAUUGCCAGACUUACUGGAAGUGCCUCUUGGUAUAAUGUAACAUACAGAAAAUAUAUAUUGAGAUUAUUAGAACCUGUCACAAGCUGAACAUUGUGGAUGUUGUAAUGUGAAUACAGUUUAAUAAUACGAGUGAAA